AUGAUGCAAUUUAUGCUGUUGUUCAGUCGCCAAGGAAAGCUUCGUCUUCAAAAGUGGUAUACGGCAUAUCAGGACAAGAUGAAGAAGAAGAUUUGUCGUGAGCUAAUCACUCAAAUUCUUGCGCGAAAACCAAAGAUGUGUGCUUUUCUUGAAUACAAGGAUCUCAAGAUAGUUUACAAGAGAUACGCAUCCUUGUACUUCUGCUGCGCAAUUGAACAAACCGAUAAUGAACUGAUUUGCCUCGAGGUCAUCCAUCGAUAUGUGGAGCUUCUGGACAAAUACUUUGGCAGUGUUUGCGAACUCGAUAUCAUUUUUAACUUCGAAAAAGCCUAUUUCAUACUUGACGAGUUUCUCUUAGCCGGUGAGAUCCAAGAAACGAGCAAAAAGCAAGUGUUGAAAGCUAUUGCAGCCCAGGAUCUCAUCCAAGAGGUACGUUCAUCGUAG